AUGGAUGGUGAAGAUCUCAGAGAAGCGACCGAGCCGGAUCCGGACGAAGCAAAGAUACCAUCUCACAUCGUGGGUCUCACGCCGCAAAGCACGAGAGGCCUGACUUUCCUACUUGAUACAGAGCUCGGUGUCAUGUACUGGCGUGAGUGCAUGAGAGAAGCCAAAGUUGAGAUUCCAGAAGUUGAAGAUGACCCUUAUGAUUGGGUUGACGAUGGUCUGAUCCCUGAAGAUCAGGUCGAAUGGCGAGCUGGCAGUGGGAUCUGGGAAAUUGGGGACUUCUUCGAAAUGCUCAAGGCCAAUCUCAAAACACUCAACUUCGUGCCCUUUCGCCCUGAUAUGGUCCAGGCGGCUUGCUCUUCUCUUCCUCUCUUCCUCUCCCAUUUCAACAUGCAACCUUCCCUCUUCCUUCUUGCUGCGGAGGCAGCAAGAGUAGUAGCACUAGCUUCGUCAGAAAUAUCCAUCCUUUUGCCCACCACCACACCAUCCGGGCCCCAAGAUUCCUGGGAAUGUGCCCUCUCAGCCUAUACACCCUUCUUCAACCCUCCAUUGCCCACUGGCGCUGUAAAGUCAGCUUUGGACUCCUACGGCGACGAGCUGAUUGCCGAUUGUACUGGACUUGAAUGUCCAUACCCAGAUGCUACGCGUUGGUGCGGGAUCACCACUGCUGCACCAACUGCAGUCCUUCCUGCAUACACUAGUUAUGCCAGUUCUGCUUCGGCAUGGUGGGUAAAUCACAGUUCCUCUGCCCUUGAGCUUGCCGAGGAGUGUCCACAUUAUUGGUACAAGGCUUUGACCAAGAAACCGACAGCGGGUACGUGGUUGAACCUGACCAUUGCAAAUGCAGAGUGUCUUGGCAAGGCGCCUGAAGAUGAUGCAUCAUCGAUAGGCACGUCUUCAAUCCAACCUUCGCUCACCUCGUCGCCGCAAUCAUCGUCUGCGUUGGUGUCAAGCCCUACGUCCACCACGUCAUCAUCUGCCGGCAUUGCGCUGUCACCGAAUGCUAAUCGUUGUGCUUCGGGCUCGGUCUAUGGAUGGUGUGGGUCGUCGUCUGGACAUUGUGAUGGCGGUUGUCAGACAGCGUACGGAAUGUGCAAUGCUCAAGCAAACGCUCUGACU